CAAUUUAAUAGAAAGCACGAAAUUUCUUUUAAAGUAUUAAACUGCAGAACCAAAAGUUUCUGGGAUGCUCAUCGUCACGUGGUGAACUCUGACGUUUGAACGCUGGGGUCAUUGACCUGUAGGUUGCUAAACCGGUCAGAAGCGGAUGGGACGAGGCUUGGUGUACGGGAGGUGUGGAGCGUGGGUAUCGAGUCACAAAAUGUUAAUGAUAUACGACAGGGGUAUUAAAUAAGGUGUUUUGCCUUUUGGCCAUUUUUCCUAAGCACCAAUUUGGGCGCCAAAUUAGGGGAUUGUCCUCUAUGCACAGCUUUUUUCAAAAAGCUCAAUAUUUUAUAUUUCAAUUCGAACGCAAACGAUAUGCAAAUGCAAUGAGGAUGAAUAAAUGUUUUAUAUCAACUCCGAGAGUGUCAAUAGCCACGGCGCACGUUGGCCACGGCGAGCCACGGCGUAAAUAUUUUGCAUGACGUCAUCAGAGGUUGAAGUCAGUCGAACUGUCAUGGCGGCGCCUACAGCUAUCGUUAUGCAUGGGGGAAAGCACUGUGUAGCAGGAGGACCAAAUGGAGCUAGCUGCAAAAAUAGCAACUUCACCGAAGGUGUAUCUAUGCACAAGUUCCCUCAAGUGAAGAAUAUCGGAACUGGGGCAGACAAAGAAAAGGAGAAAACAAGAAGUUUGUGGAUCCAGUUUGUAAAAAGGCACCGGCGUGAUUUUGAAGUUUCCGCGACAUCAGUCUUGUGCUCCGCACACUUUGAGCCCUCAUGCUUCACCCAAGAUUUGGAGAUUGCGGGGAUCUGUGGAAUAAAGAGAAAACUGACAUCAGGAGCAGUUCCAACCAUAGACAUCGCUGGCCUGCCGAAGCAAACUGCCCCUGCUACAACUGAUUGGGAGCGACGACGGCUCAUUAGAGAGUUACUCCAGCCAGCGACUCAGGAGCAGACUGGACAAAGCAGGACUCAGGACAUACGACUGACAGUUAAGGAAGAAGAUCACCAAGAGAAAAACCUUGGCCACGGUGGUACAGCUGCCAAUCAUGUCAAAAAGGAGCCGUUAGAUGAACUUGAGGAGGACUUAGUUAAUUGUUGCAACAAGACUGCACAACUGUUGGGUGAUAAGUGUGGUACAGCUGGUACAGACGCUGUCGUGGAAAAUGAACAAUCAAUGGAUUUUGACAACUGUCACAACACCGGUACAUCAUCUCAGCAGAGUUGUACAGUUGGCACUGUGGAAGAGCAACAAGAGACAAACCCUGGAAUGAGUUACAACCAGAUUGUUGGCACUGUGGAAGGUGAACUAGAGGUGAACUCUGGGAACUGUUACAACACCAAUACACCAUCUCAGUUGAGAUGUAGUAUAGGACCUGGUGGCAUUCAGGUUAAGAAGGAAGGUGGCCAAGAGAUGAAUUUUGGUAGCUGUUACAACACUGUAACAGUUACAUCCCAGCUGAGUUCUAGUACAGUUGUUACAUCUCAGCCGAGUUCUAGUACUUUUGUUACAUCUCAGCCAGGUUCUAGCCCAGUUGUUACGUCACAGCCAAGUUGUAGUACAGUUGUUACAACUCAGCUGAGUUCUACUACAGUUACACCUCAGCUGAGUUCUAGUUCUGUUGUUACAUCUCAGCCGAGUUCUAGUACUUUUGUUACAUCUCAGCCAGGUUCUAGCCCAGUUGUUACGUCACAGCCAAGUUGUAGUACAGUUGUUACAACUCAGCUGAGUUCUAGUACAGUUACACCUCAGCUGAGUUCUACUUCUAGUUCUGUUGUUACAUCUCAACCAGGUUCUAGUCCAGUUGUUACAUCACAGCCGAGUUCUAGAACAGUUGUUACACCUCAGCUGAGUUCUAGUGCAGUUUUGAUACCUCAGUUGAGUUCUAGAAUAGUCAUUAUACCUCAGCUGAGUUCUAGUACAGUUUUUAUACCUCAGCUGAGUUCUAGUACAGUUUUUAUACCUCAACUGAGUUCUAGUACAGUCAUUAUACCUCAACUGAGUUCUAGUACAAUUAUACCUCAGCUGAGUUCUAGUACAGUUGUUACACCUCAGUUGAGGUCUAGUAGAGUUGUUACACCUCAGCUGAGUUCUAGUACAGUUGUUACAUCUCAGUUGAGUUCUAGUACAGUUGUUACACCCCAGCUGAGUUCUAGUACAGUUGUUAUGCCUCAGCCAAGUUCUAGUACAGUUGUUAUGCCUCAGCCAAGUUUUAGUACAGUUGUUAUGCCUCAGCCAAGUUUUAGUACAGUUGUUACACCUCAACUGAGUUUUAGUACAGUUGUUACACCACAGCCAAGUUCUAGUACAGUUGUUACACCCCAGCUGAGUUCUAGUACAGUUGGUGACAGUGUUAAACUGGAAAGUGUGCAAAAGGUGGAUCUUAGUAACUGUUACACCACCAGUACAUCAUCUCAGUUGUGUUCUGACAUGGUUGGCAUUACACAAAAACACAACAGUGAGACAAACAUUGGCAGCAGUACACCAGAUCAGCAGUCUUUGAACACCAACCGGAGCAAAGUUGAGGAAACACCCAGAUUUGACUUGACCUAUCCUUUGGUCCAAUCUUACUGUGCAUACUGGCCUCCAGGUGCAAUCAAACGUGCUAUGAAGGAAGCAGCCGAGAUUUCUCAAGCUUGUGUCGAUCCUGCAAAAUCAAGAUGGCAUGUGCAUUCAUAUGAAAUGGAGGAAUGUGUACCAGAACAGGUAGAUUACAUGGGGACUGGCCAUGCAGCAUCAGACAACAAUCAAGAUUCAAAUUAUGCAGCAGUGAAUCCUGGGCUACCAAAACCUAAACAGCUCAUAAGACAAGUGUUGGAACUAAGAAAAGAAGACAGUUUGGAGAUGGACAAUGGUAAUUCUAAUGUCACCGAUAGUACAUCUCCUCAGCUCAUGGAUGAACUUACAGAUGGCGAGGACAAUCUCAGUGACAUUAGCAACAUCACUGAUAUAUUGAAAGAUGUGUUAGAAGAUGGAAAUGACUCUGAAGAAAGUGACAAAGAAGUUUCAUCCUCAGUGUCAGAAAACGAGAAAAAGGGUCACAAAAGUGACAGUUCGCGUCACAUGUCUUCCGAAGAAGAGGAACUAUCUGGUGAUGACAGUGAUGAUUCUGUGUCCUCUAGCGGCAGCGACUGGUUAGAAGAGAUACAACGUCAAAACCAACUUAGAAGGAAAAGACAAAGACAAAGAAACAAGGGCAAAAAGAAGACAUCAUGGGUGUGCAAGUGUCAGGAAAAGUUUACUGGUAAAAGAUCAUAUGAAGAACACAAGCGCGAGGCCCAUCCAGUAACAUGUGUCUACUGUGAAGAAAAGUUUACUUCAACACAAGCACUUCGGAAACAUCAGAAGACACACAUGUCAAGUGAAGACAAACUGGACUUGAAAGGUAACAAACUCUUCAUGUGUGACCAUUGCGGACUGUUCUUCACUAGCACGAAAUUGAAGAGGCACGAGCUUCAAAUCAGCACUGCAAGACCAUACAAAUGCGAGGUGGAAAACUGCAAGGCUACUUAUAAAACAAAGAGUGCUGUGAGAUGUCACUUCAUUACUGUCCACAACAGAGAUCGUUUCCCCUGCCCUUAUGAGGGUUGUAAGAAAACAUAUGGUGACAAGUCAAGAAUGAUGAAACAUUACAAAGUGCACACAAAUGAACGCAGGUACCAGUGUUCAUACUGCGGUAAGAUGUUCCAGAGGGGAGAACACCUGAGGGUGCACACAAGGAUUCACACGGGUGACACACCGUUUAACUGUACUCUGUGCAACUACAGUGGACGGCAGUACAACUCUCUCAGGUCUCACAUGAAAGUCCACCAUCCUGAACACUGUGUAAAGUCAGGCGAUGAGAAAGGUAUAAAACCAAGUAAGAAACCAAGGAAGAAAGCAGUGAUUAACAAGGAUAGUUUGGCAGACAAAGGUCCAGGAAGUGCUAAAAAGACUACACCUUAUUCUACACGAUCUCAGUUUUACAGGGCAAAGUAAAAACAAUUUGAUUAUGAACAACAGAUACAGAUGUCUGUAGCUAGUUCAUAAUACAAUAUGAAUACAUGUAUGUGAAGUUGUUGGAAGAGUAAUUGACUACAGCAACCUCUUUGUUGUUAGAACAGUUACUGUUUUUGUUGACAAAGUUAGUGAUACUUUCUCAGGGAUACCAUGAUUUUUCAGGGAAAAGUAACUUUUAUAUAGUACAUGUACUUGAACUGUUUAAGGUGCCUGUUUGUGGAAGGUGUAAAUGGGGAAAACAACUUCCCUGUUGAGAAGUAUGCAGCUUACUUAUUGACAAUGCCUAAAGGGGGGUUGUGACUGUGAAAUCACUUAUUUAUACAUUUGUGUAAAGACAAGGUGAAUGGUUCACAUAGUUGUCAAUAAAUGUACCUUUAUUUCAUCAAGGUAUACAUCAAACAUACUCUUGUCACAUCAUAAAAUAUUCAGGUAAUAAAAAUUUGUUUCAGUGGGA